UAUAGAUGGCGUGGUGGUCGAAUUAAAUCUGUCAAAAUAAGUAGUGUUUACAAAUUAUCAAAAAUGGUUCUUGUAGAUCCUGAAACAAGAAAUAUAGCCGGAAUUCCGGGCACGGCAACAAAUGUUAGGGUGAAGGAGCCUAAAAGGAUCCUGCAUUUUUCUGACGGUGUUUUGGAGGAGUACAGUUCUGAUGAAGAUGAAGUCGACGCAGCAAAUAAUAAUACAGAGCAGGCUAUUGUGGACCCCGCUACCUUGACUUGGGGACCUUGGUUUGUUUAUAAAGCUUGGACAGCAGGAUCAAACACUUUAUAUGCUCUUGACAAAUCUGGUGAAUUUCUGGCCUCAAUGUUUGGAAUUACCACCCCAAAGUAUUAUUUUGAAUUGGAGGAAUACAAAAGACGACAGGAACAAUUAAAAUUGAGGCAGGAGCAAGGCGAGGGUUGGAGUGAACCUUCAACAGUAGUGCCAUUAAAUGAAAUUUCAACUAAACAACCAGAGCCAGCUCAGGGAGAAGUUUAGUGGUAUUUAUUGAAUAUAAAUACUUUAAUCAUUCUUAUAAAAUUUAUUUAAUUUUUAUUUAAUAAUUAAUGGCAUAGCGUGGUUUUAACAUUUGCUCACUGUUAUAAGAUAUU